AUGGCUUUUUCCACUGUUACUGUAGAAAUUAAAGAACAUGUUAGCAUUGGGAAGCGCGCAGUUGUUUGUGCAGAUAUUGAAUUGAAAGGAGAUGUACAGAUUGGUCCAGGUACAAUUUUACAUCCUCAAUCCAAAGUUCUUGCUGAAACGGGUCCAAUUAUUAUUGGUAAAGAUAAUAUUAUUGAAGAAAGUGUAGUAAUUAUCAACAAAAAUUCAACACCAUUAAUUAUUGGAGACGAAAAUGUUUUUGAAGUUGGAUGUUAUGUAGAAGGAACAAAAAUUGGAAAUAAAAAUAUAAUUGAAGCAAAAGCAAGAGUAUUGGGUAAUACAUCAUUAGGUGAUAAUUGUGUUGUAGGAGCAGUGUGUUCUACCAAGCAAGAUGAAACAAUUCUAGAUAAUACUGUAAUAUAUGGGGAUCACCAUAACAGAAGAACACAGACUGCUGUUUCUAAUCAACAAAUUGGUCUACAUGCACGUCAUUUGGAAUAUCUUCGAGAGAUGCUACCUAAAUUUAAUCAUGUUAGGGUUGGUAAUACUGAACCUUCUCCAUCUGGUCAUUCGUCUGGCGGUGGUCAUUCGUCUGGCGGUGGUCAUUCGUCUGGUGGUGGUCAUUCGUCUAGCCAUCCUUCAAGAAAAACCAAAGAGAUUACUCAUGCAGCACAUUGA